ACCGACGCGCCCCCAAAGCUCGCUCCCAAAGCUGCCUGGCCCUCUCUCACCUGAAUCCGUUAGCUGCGUUGCCGCCAAGCCCUCGAGCUGUAGCUGUCCCGCUCCGCCCGCGCACCCAUCGCGCGAACGUCAAGCCCGCGCUCUCCACGCGCCUGCACGCGCAAUUCAAACACCCACCCAACCACCACUCACACACUACCGCCAAUAUGCCUGACGUCAAGCGCUGGGUUAAGAUCAUUACCCACCAGGCGCCCAAUGACCAGCCGUCCCAGGUCGAGGGCUUCCCGAUGCGGUCGUGGAACAUCGAGAUCUGGCUGCUCGAUGACCAGGGCAACGAGGUGCUGCCGGUUGUGUACGAGAAGGCGGUGUACAAUCUGCAUCCGUCGUUUCCCAAGAACAAGCAGACCUUCAAGAAGCCUCCGUUCCGUAUCGACGAGGAGGGCUGGGGCGAAUUCGACAUGACUAUUGUCCUCACGGCUGCGCACAAGGGCGGCGAGCACACGCUGAGCCACGAUCUGAACUUCCAGUCUGAGCGCUACGAGGCGAAACAUCAGGUCACCUUCCGCAACCCCAAGCCCGAGCUCCUAGCACUCCUCACCGACUCCGCGCCCGCCGACGCAAACGGUGUCCGCGGCAAGGACGCAUCCAAGAAGAAGGCGCGCCGUGACAAGGCCGUCGAUAUGGAGAAGCUCGCCGACGGCCUGCAGAAGCUGAGCGAGGACGAUUUGCUGCACGUGGUCACCAUGGUGCACGAUAACAAGACGAGCGAGACGUACACGAAGAACGACGUUGAGAACGGCGAGUUCCACGUCGAUCUGUACACGCUCCCGGACUCGCUGAUCAAGAUGCUUUGGGACUUCACCGCGAGCAAGACGGAGCUCUAGCGUAGCUGUGUCAGGCGCGCUGCGGGAUGAGCAUUCGCGACUAUCCUGCUACGGCUUUACUACUCGGGACUCCAACACGAUACCAGUACCCUCGCUCCCGCCCCGUCCUCUUCCCCAGCGCUGCGCUCGAGCGCUACGACCGCACGCAUAUCUCGCGUCCAGUUUGGAUAUCGCGAGGAACCCGCGAGCGGCACGCGUCUGCUGCAGCACCCUUGCUGGGUUUUUUUCUACAGUCAGCUUAUUCGAGGCACGAGGCGUUGGGGCAAAAGUAGGGAGAAUGGGCUUUUUCACGGCUUUGGGCUGGCUUUAAUGAAUUUUUUUCAUGGGU